AUGCGUGUAACUGAAGUUCGAGGAGCAGGUGCUGAUCGAGUAAAAUUACGACUGGAUCUCCCCCCCUUCCCCGCUGACACGCCGACCAUCGACCUUCCCAUUCUCUCAUUUUCGGACCUACGAUCCGGCAACCCAACCGAAGGAGAGAUGUUGUUUGCCGCCUGCCGCGAAUGGGGAUUCUUUCUAAUCAACUUACACGACUCCGCAGAAGGCAGGACCCUCCUCCACGAUGCAGAAACCAUGUUUGAUCUCGGCAUCGAGCUCUUUUCCCUCGACCAGACAACACUCGACCAAUACGCUUACAACGCGCCCAAAGACCUUACAGGCUAUAAGCGCAUGGGAGCACUCAAAACCGACGACGGCAAGCUCGACCACAUGCACAUUUACAACAUUAACCAGGACGAUAUCCUGGGUAAUCGUGCUCCCCGAACCAACGCACCCCCGAUCGAGGCACAGCGCCCCCAGAUCCAGAAUUUCAUCCGCCACGCUUCAUCAACUUUAGAUGUGAUUCUUAAAACGCUGGAUGACCAUCUCGGUCUCGAACGCGGUACACUGAGCAAACUCAGUCCACUAGAUCAGGAGUCCGAGACCUCUGUCCGCUUACUAUGCAGUCCUCCCCACGCAUCCAGUGAAGCGAAUCAAGAUCGCAUUUCGUUGGGCGGACACACAGAUAUUGGGACAACGACGCUGCUAUUCCACGUUAUUGGAGGUCUGCAGAUCCUCCCUGCGGGGCUCGAGAAUAAGAUGGAGAAUUGGCGUUUUGUUCGACCCGUGCCGGGCUGUGCGCUGGUCAAUAUUGGUGAUACUCUGGUAGAGUGGACCGGUCAGCUGCUACGGAGCUCCUUGCAUAGGGUCCUAGCUGCACCUGGAGAACAGGCAUUCGUGCCAAGACGGAGUGUGGCGUAUUUGGUCAGGCCGGCGAAGUCAGCAUCCAUGCGGAGAAUCCGUGGAGGGAAGAUACCGGUGCUGACUGAGGGAGAAGAGGAGGAGACGAGGUCAGUGGACGAGUGGGCAGCUUGGAGGUCGAAACAGGUUAUGUUGGGGCUGUUGAAGCCGCAGACGAAAGGAGGGGUAGUUCCUGUCUAGGGGUACGUAUACAGGUUUCGUCGGGUAGACAGCACAGCACAGCAUACCCCACUCGCCAGACCCCUUCGAAUGCACAAGUGAGACCUGGUGGUCACCCACUCAUGCACUAAUCUCCCGGCAUGUGGCUCGUGUGCGGUCAAUACGCGGGUGGGUGCCUCCUAAACCGGCGCCGUCGGCGCGAGGGACAAUCUACAGGCAGUGGCUUAUGUGUCUGUCAUAGCCCACGGCUUCAUACGGACGUUGACCUUGAUUAUCAGUGAAAUAAUAGUAGUUACACCCUUCUGGACUGAGAUCCAUCAUCCUCGGAAGGUGCUAGGGUGGCAAUGGCACAUCUUACUAGUAGUGUGGGACUAGAUGAAUAUAAACUGGUAUCGUUGCCCCUAGCCCUACAAUUAUUUGGAAAGGGCUACUUCACAUCCCCUAUGCACCAUUUUGCUGGAC